GCGGCGAAAGUUGCCAUGGAGUCGUCUCCGUCGCAGACCCCGGCGUCUCCGCGGGAGGCGUCUCCGCGGCGCAGUCCCAGGCCCUAUAGCGGCUCGGGCCCGGCCCGCACGUACAGCCUGCGGCCCGCCUUCCAGCACAAAUUCCGCCCUUCUACGGUGAAAGAUUGUAUCCAUGAGGUGUUAAAAGAGGAGCUGGCCAGUGUACAGUACAACCCUGAUGAGAUCCCACAACUCACCAAAUCCUUAUCAGAGACAAUCCUGGAAAAGCUAAAAGAGAGAGGUUUUCACCGAUAUAAAAUGGUGGUGCAAGUGGUGAUCGGAGAACAGAGAGGCGAAGGAGUUAACAUGGCUGCACGAUGCUUCUGGGAUGCAGACACAGACAACUACGCUCAGGAUAUUUUCAUGAAUGACACCCUCUUCUGUGUGGUGGUUGCCUUUGGCUGUUUCUUCUACUAACGCUGGUGAAAAGUUCAAAGAAGAUCACUGUUUCAAAGAUAUUUUUGAGGAUGGACACUCCCGUUUACAAAAUACAUUUUCUACUUGAUGCUUUUA